ACCAGCGUAUUUACUAACAAGUCUGUUUUUCCGUGUUGUCUAGGAAACGGAAACGCGCAAGCUAAAGACGCAGGAUGUGACUCGAGCUAACAAUUUCAACUUCAGAAGUUAACUGCUGGCGAGCAUGCAGCGGUCUGCUAGAGAUAAAGACGGCCCGUCGUUGGACAUUUAUUCUGACGACGAGGAGACGAUUGUGUUAGCAGAAAGAAGAACUGCGAUGGAGGACACUAAUGCAGGUUCAAACGUGAGAAGCGAGAACCGCGGGGCAACGCCUGGGCGGCCACCUGUCCGGCAGAGGUACUGGAGGAACACACACCUGUGGCCCGCUCGUAUCGGCUCUGUGCUGUGCAGCAUAAUCUUCGUAUCGUUUAUCGCAGUGUUGAUCGCAUUUCUUUACAUCAUUUUAAAAGAUUUAAAAACAGAGAAGAUAACCACUGAAGAUGGAUCAGAAGUGCGACUCCUAGGUUUUUGGAGUAUUUUGGUCCUGUCUUCUAUGGCUGGAGUUUUGUGUUGCAGUUUCUCCUGGACUCUAACUUACUUUGACUCCUUUGAGCCAGGAAUGUUUCCUCCAACUCCUCUUUCUUCAUCCAGAUACAAAAAAAUGACCGGACACUCUUUCCACAUGGGCUACAGUAUGGCUAUACUCAACGGCAUAGUGGCUGCACUCACUCUUAUAUGGUAUCUCAUCUGAUGCACAUCCUACGACACCUCAACUGCCAUUUAACACGCAGUCAUCAGAAGACGAUUUAAGGUUUAAUGGCAGAAGGAAAUGUCAAAUAAUUUUACGGAUAAAACUACAGAUAAAACUGAAAAAAAAAAAUCAAGUAUGGAAUACUAGCUUAAACAUUUAUUACAUUAAAUUUUUGUAGGUGUUUAGAUACAGAAUGAAACUACGUAAUGUUUUGUUUUUUUGAGAGAAUUUAUCAUAUUUUUUAUAAAUGCUAAUUUUACAAAUUCAGUAAACGCACAGUGAAUUAAUUAAUGGACUACAUUUAGGGGGGAAAACAUUAGCGAUGUCAGGGUCUCUUUUUUAGCUACUUAUUUUCUCUUCUAAAGGCUUUCAUUGCAGAAUCCUCUUUUUACCAUCACAAUAGCAGUGUGUUAAAUCUGCUUUUUGCCCUUUUGAUGCCAUUCAUUGUCAGUCUGAAAGCACACGGAUGAUGUUUAAAUCUUUCUAAAAAUGGAUUUGCAUUGUAGAAUCUCCUCUCAGCAAAAGACUAAAGUCCCCUUGCAUUCGUGCUUUAUUAAAACUCAACGUCGCUGCUCUAUUGAUCGUUUUAAUGGGGGAAAUCAUUAAUACAAUAGCUGUUUUGGGCUUGAUGGAGAGUGACCGUGUUUAAGAGCUUUGUUGAGAGCCUGAGAGAAGGUCAGAGAGUGUAGAAGUGUGGAUUUAAUUUAUGACUUUAAUUAUUUGAUGCAGACUCUGCCAGGCCAUGAUUAUUUUUUUUUUCUUCUUCAUUAGAUUAGCAGGCCCUGUAGCGACUCAUUUCAGCUAGCUCUAAUGCACUUGGCCGUCUAGUAUAUAUGGACUAUUAAUGUACUGCCAUUUCUCUAUGUGUGUGUGUUUAUUUGUAUCUGUGGCAACAAGGUCCAAUUAUUUGUUUUCUUUUACAUGACAUUUCCAUCUCCAUUAUUAGCACAUUUUAAAAACAAAAUAAAAAAUGAACUUUGUUUGUAGAGAUUUUAGCAUUUUAAGAAUUUAUUCAACUCAAACCUGUUGCUUCAACAUUAUCUGGGUAUUUUAUCCCUUGUGCAUCCUUAAGGAGUUUUUUUUUUUUUUUUUUAAAGGGAUAGUUAACCCAAAAUUGACAAUUCUGACAUCAAUUGUAGGAGCCAUGAUCUUUAGCCUCCCUGUUAAACAACCAACUCCCAUGUGGAAAGUCACCGGUUCGAUCCCAGAUCAGAGCGGGUUGGGUGGUAUAGGAUUGCCGGCGUUACAUUGGUGCCUUGACCCGGAUAGGAAUGAGGUUUAGGGGGGGUGACCUCACUCCUCUGACAUAUAAAGAUGCUCUAGUGACAGUCGCUAGAGGACAUGGUCUUAAGCCUCCUUGUUAGAGUAACCGACUCCCAUGUGGAAAGUCGCCUGGUUCGAUCCCGGCUCGGAGCGGGUUGGGUGGUAUAGGACCGGCGUGGUUACAUUGGUGCCAUGAUCUAGAUGGCAGUGAGGUUUAGGGGUAAUUGUAAAUGAGGCCAGUUAGUGAAAUGUUGUGUAGGUAAACUUCACUCCUCAGACCUGGAAAGAUGCUCUAGUAACAGAUGCUAAAGGACAUGGUCUUUAGCUUUCUUGUUAGAGCAACCGACUCCCUUGCGAAAAAAAAGCUGGUCCAAUCCCAGCUCAGAGCAGGUUGGAUGGUAUAGGACUGGCAGGGUUAAUGAGUGCCAUGACCCGGAUGGUAGUGAGGUUUAGCAGGUAAGUGUAACGGAGGCCAGUUUGUGAAGUACUGUGCAGGUAAACCUCAUGGUCUUUAGCUUCCUUGUUAGAGCAACCGACUCCCAUGCGGAAAGUAACGGUUUCGAUUCCAGCUCGGAGCAGGUUUGGUGGUAUAGAACUGGCGUGGUUACAUUGGUGCCUUGACCCAGAUGGGAGUGAGUGUAACGGAGGCCAGUUAGUGAAAUGCUGUGCAGGUAAACCUCACUCCUCUGACCUCUAAAGAUGCUUUAGCGACAGACUCUAGAGGCCAUGGUCUUUAGCUUCGUUGUUAGAGCAACCGACUCCCAUGCGGAAAGUUGCCGGUUCGAUCCCAGUUUAGAGCAGGUUGGGUGGUAUAGGACUGGCGGUGUUACAUUGGUGCCGUGACCCAGAUAGGAGUGAGGUUUAGGGGGUGAUCUUACUCCUCCGGCCUCUAAAGAUGCUUUAGCAACAGUUGCUAGAGGCCAUGGUCUUUAGCCUCCUUGUUAGAGCAACCGACUUCCAUGCAGAAAGUCACCGUUUCGAUCCCAGUUUAGAGCAGGUUGGGUGGUAUAGGACCGGCGGGGUUAUGUUAGUGCUGUGACCUGAAUCAAAGUGAGGUUUAGCAAGUCAGUGUACUAGAGGCCAGCUAGUGAAGUGCUUUGCAGGUAAACCUCACUUCUCUGACCUCUAAAGGUGCUCUAGAGGCAGGACCUUGGGGUUAUGGUCUUUAAACCGCAUGUUAGAGCAACAGACUCCCAUUUUUCAGGUUUUUUAUUUUUAAUAAAUUUGCAACAAUUUCAAAAAAUCUUUUUUACAUUGUCAUUAUGAGGUAUUGUGUGUAGAAUUUGGAGGAAAUAAUUUAAUCCAUUUUGGAAUAAGGCUGUAACAUAAAAAAUGUGGAAAAAUGAAGCGCUAUGAAUACUUUCCGGAUGCACUGUAUCAAGUUUUAAUACUUUUUAAGACCCCGCGGACACUCUACAUAACGAAUCAAAAAUGCUAAGCGUUAUAUUUUAUGCAACUUUUUUACUUUAUUGACAGUUUUUGUGCUCCUGUGAAACUUCUGUUUAAACCGACACAAAAUGGAGAUAUCUCUGCAUGCGGGAUCACACGCUGCGUGUUUGUGCUCUUCAGCCUUGCUUUUUUAGUUUUUGCUUUGACUUUGUGAAAGUGUCUCUCUUAAUGCUGUUUCUGUUAAGGUGAAGGUCUGUCUGAGAUAAACUGUCUCGUAUGGUUUCAUUUGGUGCGGUGCAACUGUCAGACAAUAUUCAGCUCUGCCUGAAAACAUCUGAUUUAGAGGUCGAAUGGUUUGCUUGCUUCUUUUCCUGCCAUUUAAAUAAUCAGGGAUGAAAAACAACACUGGAAUAUUCAUCGUCUACUCAAGAUGUGGAAUGUUGCAUUAAUACCACAAGGAGAAUUAAUGUUUUCAGAAUGUAUUUACUUUUUUAAAUAAAAAGUUUCUGUAUUGAUGC